UGAGCCCUUUUGAUAAGUUUUCCUUAUCCCAGCACGGUUGAGUAAACUGCGGAUGAGACCUUACUUAAUCCGGAUUAGUGUUUAUGAAAUUCCGAUCUUCAACGCUCUCUCACUAGUCACUAUGAUUUGCAGUUCACAAAAUAUUGCUUAGUUCCGGUCGUAAUUUGUAGUUUAGCUGUCCCAGAUACUUUCACCCUCUCUGUUCUAUAAUUUGUGGUUCUUUAUUAUUUAAAGCUCGACCUUUUUAUUGUUUAUUUUAUUAUUAUUAUACUAUUAUGAUAUGAUUGUUCAUGUCUACGCUCUUGUAUCUGUAUUUACGGAUGUUGUGUAGAGAUACACAUGGAUAUGACACUAGAUUCAUGCGAUAUUAACCUUGUGCUUUGAUCAAAGCGACAUUCGGUGCUGGUAGUUUCGAUCUUCAAUUAUUAGUUUAUCUGUUCUCUUUGGGUGUUUGGAUUGUUGACCUAUGGCGACUCAGAGACCUCAGAGGACGCCGGAAGAAAUCGAGGAUAUAGUCAUCCGGAAAAUCUUCCUCGUAUCAUUGAUCGAUUCAAUGGAAAGUGAUUCUCGGGUUGUUUAUUUGGAAAUGACAGCUGCCGAGGUACUCAGCGAGGGGAAGGAUUUGAGGUUGUCUAGGGAUUUGAUGGAGAGAGUCCUGAUAGAUCGUCUCUCUGAAAAGGUUGUUGCUGCAGAGCCGCCAUUCUUGUAUUUAGUUAAUUGCUACCGUCGAGCCCAUGAUGAAGGGAAGAAAUUUGCCAACAUGAAGGACAAGUCUGUGAGAUCUCAGAUGGAAAUCGUUGUGAGACAAGCAAAGAAGUUAGCAGUCUCCUACUGUAUAAUACAUUUAGGGAACCCGGGCAUGUUUCCGAAUUGGGAAACGAACAAGCCCAAUGUUUCUCCUUUGCUGCCUUUGAUCUUCUCGGAAGUUUCCCUUGCAGGGGAUGGCUAUGGGGGAAGCGGUAGCAGCGGUGGAUUGACUUGCCCCCCUGGGUUUCUUGACGAUUUCUUUAAAGAUGGGGAUUUUGAUAGUAUAGACCCGAUUAUGAAACAGUUGUAUGAGGAUUUGAGAGGAAGUGUUCUCAAGGUAUCAGCUUUAGGAGAUUUUCAGCAGCCACUCCGAGCUUUGUUGCUAUUGCUCAAGUAUCCAGUGGGGGCGAAGUGUCUGGUGAGUCAUCCUUGGUGGAUACCAAAAAAUGUGUAUAUGAAUGGGAGAGUCAUAGAGAUGACCAGCAUUUUGGGCCCAUUCUUUCAUGUCAGUGCUAUGCCUGAUAAUACAUUAUUUAAAAGUCUGCCUGAUGUUGGCCAGCAGUGCUUCUCAGAUGCUUCAACACGUCGUCCAGCUGAUCUAUUGUCUUCAUUCACAACAAUCAAAACCGUCAUGAACAACUUAUAUGAUGGCUUGACAGAAGUGAUCAAGUGUCUCCUUAAGAAUAUAAACACCCGUGACAACGUUCUUGAAUAUAUUGCACUUGUGGUUAACAAGAAUGCGUCGAGGGCUCAUAUUCAGGUUGAUCCAUUAUCAUGUGCUAGUUCGGGCAUGUUUGUUAAUCUCAGUGCAGUUAUGCUUCGCCUUUGUGAGCCAUUUUUAGAUCACAGCUUGUCAAAAAGGGACAAGAUUGAUCCGAGCUAUGUCUUUUUCAGUGAGCGUUUGGAAUUGAGGGAGUUAACUUGUCUAAACGCCUCAUCUGAAGAAGUCUCUGAAUGGAUAAGUAGAAAUAGUCCUGGGAAAACAGAGGCAUCUAAAGAUAGUAGCGGUGGAGAGUUCAGGUUGUUAUUAUCUCAGGAAGCUUCAAGCUCAGGCAAUAAUACUGAGAAAGAUAAAUACUCAUUCAUUUGCGAGUGCUUCUUCAUGACUGCAAGGGUACUUAAUCUAGGCUUGUUAAAAGCAUUUUCUGACUUCAAGCAUCUCGUUCAGGACAUUUCAAGAUGUGAAGAUAAUUUAUCUACUUUUAAAGCCAUGGGAGAACAAUCACAAGCUCCACAGUUUCAGAAUGACAUAGCACGCCUUGAGAAAGAACUCGAGUUUUUAAAUCAGGAGAAGCUAUGCUAUGAAGCUCAAAUACUCAGGGAUGGAGGGCUUAUUCAAUGGGCGUUGUCAUUCUAUAGGUUAAUGGUUGUUUGGUUGGUUAACCUUGUUGGUGGAUUCCGUAUGCCUCUACCAUCAUCUUGCCCCAUGGAAUUUGCAUCCUUGCCGGAGCACUUUGUUGAAGAUGCCAUGGAAUUGCUUAUUUUUUCUUCUAGAAUACCUAGAGCUUUGGAUGGUGUACUUUUGGAUGACUUUAUGAACUUCAUCAUCAUGUUCAUGGGAAGCCCACAGUAUAUUAGAAACCCAUAUUUAAGAGCAAAGAUGGUGGAAGUCCUUAACUGUUGGAUGCCCCGUAGAAGUGGCUCAUCUGCAACAGCAACAUUGUUUGAGGGGCACCAACUUUCUCUGGAGUAUCUUGUGCGGAAUCUCUUGAAGCUCUAUGUUGAUAUUGAAUUCACAGGUUCCCAUACUCAGUUCUAUGACAAGUUCAAUAUCCGUCACAAUAUUGCCGAACUUCUUGAGUACUUGUGGCAUGUUCCAAGCCAUCGCAAUGCAUGGAGACAGAUUGCUAAAGAAGAAGAGAAGGGCGUCUAUUUGAAUUUCUUGAACUUCUUGAUCAAUGAUAGCAUUUAUCUUCUUGAUGAGAGUCUUAAUAAAAUUCUUGAAAUAAAAGAACUGGAAGCUGAGAUGUCUAAUAGAGUAGAGUGGGACCAAAGAACACCACAAGAGAGACAGGAGAGGACUCGACUCUUCCACUCUCAGGAGAAUAUCAUUCGAAUUGAUAUGAAGCUGGCAAAUGAAGAUGUGAGCAUGCUGGCAUUUACUUCAGAACAAAUUACAGCCCCUUUCCUACUUCCUGAGAUGGUGGAGAGAGUUGCCAGCAUGCUGAAUUACUUUCUUUUACAACUAGUCGGCCCACAGAGAAAAUCACUAAGCUUAAAAGACCCGGAAAAGUAUGAAUUUCGACCAAAGGAGCUAUUAAAACAGAUUGUCAAAAUAUAUGUGCACUUGGCUAGAGGAGAUACGAAGAACAUCUUCCCAACUGCAAUCACUAAAGAUGGUCGUUCAUACAAUGAACAGUUGUUCAGUGCUGCUGCUGAUGUCCUUAGAAGAAUUGGUGAAGAUGGAAGGAUCAUAGAUGAGUUUAUGGACCUUGGUGCUAAAGCCAAAGUUGCAGAAUCAGAAGCCAUGGACACUGAAGCUGCUCUCGGAGAUAUUCCUGAUGAAUUCCUUGAUCCUAUUCAAUAUACAUUAAUGAGGGAUCCUGUUAUCCUCCCGUCAUCUAAGAUCACGGUCGACAUGCCUGUCAUUCAGAGGCAUCUUCUAAGUGAUAGUUCGGAUCCAUUCAACCGUUCUCAUCUAACUGUGGAUAUGUUGAUUCCGAACACUGAGCUGAAGGCCAAAAUCGAAGAAUAUGUUCAGUCUCAUAAACCGAAACAGCGUGGUGAAGAUUUGGCUAUGCAAAGCACCAAAACAACAAUCCAGACAAUGGACACUUCAAACUUGAUUGAUUAGGAGAUAAUUUUAGAAUUCUCUGAUGUGUAAAUUAUAUCCACCACCUGAUGUUGUAUCUUCCCCAUCGUUUCUUUUACUGGUGGUAUGGAUGACAGAUUGACAGUGCAGAAUGUAUGACGAAUGACAUUAUUUAUUUCAUCUUUAUUUAAUCUUUUGAGACCAUCUGUACUCUGUAGCUUAUACGAAGUAUGUGUUAAUAUAUCUAUGGCUUUCAUGUGGU